UCAACCCCACAUAAAAAGCUGCCCAUUGUCUUCAGCAGCUGCUGUUUGACUCUCUUCACCUCCACAGACGCUCAUUUACAGAAGUUGAAGUGAGGAGCACGACAGAUCCAGAACGAUGAAUCCCAGAGGGGAAAAGCCGAAGUCGAAGAUUUCGGCUUCUCGCAAGCUCUCCCUCAAAAUGCUGCUCCUCACAAGAGCCUGUGAGGAUUUGGAGAAGGAGAGGCAAGACAGGGAGGAGGAGAAAGUACGCUAUUUAGGAGAAAAGUUGCCUCCGUUGCAACUGUCUGGAAAGUCCCUGCAAGAACUACAAGAACUGUGCAAGCAGCUUCAUACAAAAAUUGAUAUUGUGGAUGAGGAGAGAUAUGACUGUGAAUCCAAAGUGAGCAAGCAUAACAAAGAUAUCCAUGAGCUGAAGCUGAAGGUACAGGACCUUGGGGGCAAGUUCAAAAAGCCUGCCCUGCGAAAAGUGAGGGUGUCAGCAGACGAGAUGAUGAGAGCCCUCCUGGGCUCCAAACACAAAGGUUCAAUGGACCUCAGAGCCAACCUCAAGUCUGUGAAGAAAGAGGAUGUGAAACAGGACAAGGUGCUUACCAGUGAAGUAGGCGACUGGCGUAAGAAUGUGGAGGCCAUGUCAGGUAUGGAGGGCCGUAAGAAGAUGUUCGACACAGGCGGCGGAGCACAGUGAGAUCACCUCUGAAAGCAGGAAAAGUUAAGCUGUCUAGACAGAAAAAGUGGAAUACCUAAUGGGAGACAAAUUGACCCAAAAGCUGCUGGAGUUUAGUUUGAGGUAAAAGCAAGUAUAAAUCCCACCUGUGCUGCAUUUUACCUGAUAGUCACUCAGUUUAACAACUCAAUGCACUUAAAGUGUAAAAUAAAAGUGUAGAAGCCCAUGUUUUGUUUUGUUUUUGUUACCAAAGAAUAUUUUGUUUUGUUAUGUCACCUUAAGACAAUUAAAGAGGAUUUAAAUGAA